ACACCCGGGGGCAGUGGCCCCAGGGAGAUCAGCAGUCCCAAGCCUGCUGAGACCUUUGGAGGCCACCACCAAGAAAGGGAAAGCAGCAUCUUCAGGCCCUCCCUGGUGCUGCCUCCCCCAGAGCCAGGAGCCAGCCGCCAGACACCCUCCUCCACUUCACUCUGCGUGAGUCCCUGGGAAUUGCCAAGGGCUGGACACCGUGCAGCCCUGCAGGCAGGGCCGGGGGCAUCCUUGACUGAGCCGGACAAACGGGGCCUGUGAGGCCUCUGUCUUGUGCAGCCUUUGGGAAGGGAUCUGGGCAUCCUGGAUAAUCUGCCGGAUCCCCGGGGUAGCGCAGGUGUGCACCAGCAGGCGUACUGCUGUCUUAGAGAGCUGGGCAAGAUGCUUUUCGGUGUAAAGGACAUUGCGCUGUUGGAGCACGGGUGCAAGGCCCUCGAGGUGGACAGCUACAAGUCCCUGAUGAUCCUAGGUAUCCCAGAGGACCUCAACCACGAGGAAUUCGAAGAGAUCAUCCGGGUCCCCCUGAAACCUCUGGGCAAGUUCGAAGUGGCCGGGAAGGCCUUUCUGGAAGAGGAAAGAUCCAAGGCGGCCAUCAUCAGGCUGAUGGAAGACAUCAAUUAUGCCGUGAUCCCCAGGGAGAUCAAGGGCAAGGGCGGCAUGUGGAGAGUGGUCUACAUGCCCCGGAAGCAGGACAUUGAAUUCCUGACCAAGCUGAACCUUUUCCUGCAGAGCGAGGGCAGGACAGUGGAGGAUGUGGCCCGGGUCCUGAGGCAGGAACUGUGCCCGACGGUGACAGGUCCCAGAGAACUGCCUGCCAGGAAGUGUUGUGUGCCCGGGCCAGGGGAGAAGCCGGGGGCCACUGCCAGGCUGGACGGGCUGCCACCGCUGGACUCCGAGGAGAAGGACAGCAAGGCUGGAGAAGGCAAGAGGGGCAAGCGGAAGCAAAAGAAAAACCGCCGACGGCACCAUGCGUCUGACAAGAAGCUGUGAGGUGACGAGAAGUGGGUGUGGGGGCAGC